UUGUGUGCCAUCAUCGAUCUACAGUGAUAUUUGUUGUUUGCAAACAUGACUAAAACAACAAACUUGAGUACCCAUCAUCGAUCUUCAUCUUGUCCAGAAGGCUCUCCGUCUCCGAUUAUGAUCAAACUCGAGGAUUGUGUGCAGGAGCUGCUCAAGUUUGUUCUGCAAUCAUCCACUAAUGGAACGCUAGACUUUGAUUUGGGUCUCUCCACUGCCUUCUGCUCUGUUCUCCUUAAACAUGAUCCUUCCACUUCCAAUCCAUUACCAGACUCCAAAGCAGGUGUUCCUCCAUAUCCUUUAUACGAACGCUUAACGUUAGCUUUGUGGGAAUCUCUCUGUUCUGGCACUUUCUGUCCAAUGUAUGAGAAAAUGUCAAUGAAGAAUGGAGAAAGUUCUUUAAAGCAGAAAGAGGAAAUAUGGUUGAAGCUGAUUAUGGAUAAGGGAUCUGAAAUGGUACAGAUGCUUAAAACUAUUAACCUUGAUCUUUAUAUCGAUGAGCCUUUCUUUACGCAGCUAAAAGAUGGCCAAAAAACAAUUGAAGGAAAGUAUGCUUUGGGCAAAUACGAUAGACUUGAACCAGGAAUGCUGAUUAUCUUCAAUAAAUGUCUUCUAUUUGAAAUCUUGGAUAUCCGCCGGUAUGUGUCUUUUUCUGAUAUGUUGGAGUCUGAAAAUCUUCAAAGCAUCCUGCCUGGAAUUGAAAGCAUUAAUGAAGGUUUGCAAAUAUUGAAAUCUUUGAACAGAGAAGAGGAAGAAAUGGGUGACAGUGUUCUUGCUCUAUGCAUCUCACGUGUGCCAUUUCAGCCAUACAUUUCUUUAGCUGCAAUAAUCUCAGGCCUGAGUUAUGAAGGUCUUCAAGGUCUUCUUGGCUUGGCACAUACCGCAGGAACAGUUGCUGAUGUUCUUCCCCCACCAAGAUCAGCUCUUUUAUCUUCAUUUGUGCUUCCAUAUAAACCCAAGGGUAAAGGCAUAAAGUUAACUCAUGGAGCUAAGGCAUUGGCAAAGCAUCAUCAUAGAUCUAGCAGCAAAUAUUGGGGUACUUUUGAUGGAAAUGAUUCUGAAAAGAAUAGGCUUGCUAUGAAUACGAUUGUUCACUUGAUAGCUCAUUGCUGCUGGAUGAAUAUUCAUAUUGUUGCACCACAUGGGAUCGUUUUUGAGAUAAGGAUAGCGCAAGGGUAUGGUGCCAGGUGGUCAAAAGAUGGAAACAAGUUCAUUGGAUUUCUGGAGCCAUACAUGGAAGAUGGCCAUUUAAAAGGAUGGAAGCACUAAUCUUUUUUUCUUAAGAUGAUUCUCUAGCUACAGGAAAAGGAGAUUCUUGUUAGGAAGCAGAUCAACUACUUGGUUAAAGUAGAAUCUUUAUGUCACAUGAUGAGAUUUGUAAGCACAGUAUAUAUGCAAUAAUUCAUGUCUGGAACUAAUUAUUGUAUCAACUCAACUAUAUGAACACCAUUUACAUUCUAAUAUGCAUUACAUUCUCAUUCUUCAUUGCA